AUGAAAGAGGAUAAGCCUAUAUCAACACCUAUGGUAGGUGGUUUACAUUUUUCUGAAAAUGGCAGUGAGCCCUUCUCUGAUCCUGCUUUGUAUUGCAAUCUUGCUGGAGCACUUCAGUAUAUUUGUAUUACUCACCCAGAUGUGUCAUUUUGUGUUAACAAACUUUGCCAGUUUAUGCACUCUUUGACACUAGCUUAUUUUCAAGCUAUGAAGUAUGAGUCGUCCUAUUUGAAGUGUACUAUAAUUCAUGGCUUGCAUCUUCAGCGCUCUUCCAAGCUCAUCCUUAAUGGAUUUAUUAAUGCGGAUUAG